UACCGACACAAGCACUUGUUCCGGCGGCGAAGAGAUGGCGACUUUCACUUUGAAUAGAAUGCAUUUGUUGUGCAGAAAUGCACACUGCAAGUCAUUCUUUGCAGGUUUUAUUCAACGUGCACAACUGUCAACACUUGAAAGCGUAAGGAACAAUGAACAGUGCAAACUAGAAUAUCUCGGUGGAGAAAACAACGGUAUUGCAGUGAUUUCUAUGAAUAGACCAGAAGCCAGGAAUGCCUUAGGAAAACAGUUUCUAAGAGAGUUUGCAGACUGUACAAAUGUUGUUAAGUUUGACAAAAACCUGAGAGUGGUCAUUCUAAGAAGCUUGGUCAAAGGUGUAUUUUGUGCAGGUGCAGACUUGAAGGAGAGAGCUAAAAUGACCAAUGAAGAGACAGGACCCUUUGUGGCAGGAUUACGAGCGAGCGUGAGUGAGGUUGCCAACCUUCCCAUGCCCGUGGUAGCUGCCAUUGAUGGGUUCGCCUUGGGUGGAGGACUAGAGGUGGCCUUGGCUUGUGACAUUAGAGUAUCCUCUGAUGAUGCAAAGAUGGGGCUAGUGGAAACAAGAUUAGCCAUUAUCCCAGGAGGAGGAGGAACACAAAGACUGGCCAGGGCCAUAGGACCAGCCAAGGCCAAGGAGCUCAUCUUUGCUGCCCGCGUGUUCACCGGUAAGGAGGCAGCAGAGAUGGGGGUGGUCAACCACAGCGUGGAGCAGAACUCUGACGGAGAUGCUGCCUAUCAAAGGGCGCUGAAACUCGGUCAGGAAAUCCUUCCGCAGGGACCAGUUGCACUCAGAGCUGCAAAGUUUGCCAUCAACAGAGGAAGCGAGGUGGACAUAGCAAGUGGACUCUCCUUUGAAGAGGCAGGAUACUCACAGGUAAUUCCCACCAAAGAUAGAAGGGAGGCUAUGCAGGCAUGGCUUGAAAAGAGAAAACCUGUUUACCACGGUUACUAGUUGUGUUGUCAAGACAACACAUGAAGAUCUGCUGAAAAAAUGAUCUGAACAUCAGACAAUUUUACUAACACCACUAGAUCCAUCACAAAUUAGCUUUUUGCUUCUUAACAGAAAUGUGCCAUUUCAUUAUUAAUCUGUUAAUAAUUUUGUUUUACUAUGAAUUGUGCAAUAACCAAUUGUUAGGUGCUGUAAACAGAAUAACAGUAUUCAUCUUAUUAUAAAGGUACACAAUCAGAAAAUUUGAUAAAAAGAGAAAGAGUUGGGGGGAGGGUAAUAAUUUUGUUGGUCAAGGUAGGUUGUAUUUUUGAUUGGUUGCGUGCUGUAUUUUUAGUGGAUUAAAAAUCAUAUAGGAUGAAUACUGAAUUUUAUUGCAAUGUUUGUGAAUCAAAUAUAUUUCAUUUAUACAACUGUUUAAUGAUAAAAGAAUUAAAUGUCUCUUUUUCUUCAU